CAAAUCUUCUUUCCAAUUUGUAUUAUUCAAGUCCAAAGCAAUUUUCCGUUAUUUGUUGAUUUUACUGUUGCAACAGUUCUAAACGCUUACCAAUUUUUAAGUAUUGGGAUCUUUUACAGGGCAUGAAGGAUGAGCGAUCGCUGAAUAAUUUCUGGCUACAAUGGCAGUUGCGAAUAUGUAUGUUGAUCAGUUUAGUUUUUCUGAGCUUGCUGUUGCAUUGCGCUUUGAUGGCUGGCUGGUAAUUCUAUACAUGCUAUGCCUAGGGUAUUAACUUAUAGAUUUAAGAUUACCCAAUAAUGACAUGAUGAUGCUUUUGUAUGUAUUUUAAAAAAAUAGGGUAUUGUUCUUAUUAAUGUAUUUUUAAAAAAAUGUGUGUUAUUGGUAAAUUUUGUUUAGCAUUUGUUAGGUUUAUCAGUAUAUGUUUAGCUUGAUUAUUUUUAAUUCUUCAAUAUGAUUUAUAUGAUUACAGUGACGAAACUAGAACAUGGCUCUUACACGACCCUGUUUCAACAGAUAAAUAUGGAGGCCAGUUUGAAUGUCAAAAAGGUUCCGCUUUUGAAAGAAUUUGUGAGUCAUUUGACAUAGUCAAUUGAAUGAUAGUAGCAAACCUUUUUUGAUGUAUGUGAUGGACUGAUGGCAUAUUCCUGAACUAUUCAUGGCAGGUAUUUUAGCAAUGUUUCAUUUUAUUUGAUUAUUUGAUAUAAAGGUUUUUUUCCGUUCUUAUGAAAUAUAGUGUUUACAAUGUAAGAAGAUCAUGCGUUCCUCUCAGCUGUUGUUUCCAGCAACAUAAAGGUUGAUGUCUAAAUGGGAAUGGAAAGUACGUGGCUAAUUCAUUCAUUAGAUGUUAUAUAUAAUUUUUUUUAUAUUUUUAACAACUCAUCAAUUUUCAAACUAACAUGCAUUCCUCAUUUAUUUCAAUUGUUGAGAUUAUAUAUAUUGUCAUAAAACUAAGAAAAAGAAGUUGAAGCUUUUGCAUGCAUAAUGUAAUGUGACAAUUUUUGCACAGUAGACCAAUGUGGCUCUUGAAGUAAUAUAGAAGAAUAAUAUGUCAGCAGCUCUUUGCCAUCAAGCUAUGACUAUCCUUGUAGAGGAAUAUAACGUCCAAACAUUGAAGUGUCCAGUUUCGAUUUGCGGUGAUAUUCUUGGUCAAUUUUACGUCUCAUUGAGCUGUUUCGGAUUGGUGGAAGUACUCCUGAUGCAAAUUAUCUCUUCAUGGGAGAAUACGUAGGGUAUUCUUGGACCAAUUACUGCGAUUUUUGAUCACCGAGAGGUUUUUUUGCAUUUUGAAUACCUAUUAGGUGACCUUCGACCCAUUUCCAAUAAACUUUUAGAGGCAAAAUAUAACCCGAAAUGACCUUUUUUAAUUUUUGAUGGGUCAAGAAUGCCACACCUAUUUGCUUUAACUAGGUGCUGCUUGUAGUUCUUCCUAUCAUUUUCAUUAUGUUCUAAUAAUAGUGUUUCUAUUAAAUUCUGGAUUUUUUGUGGUUCCUGUAUCAUUUUGUAAUAUUCACAUGUAGCUUGGAAGUUUUACAGGCCUCAGACUUAUCUGGUUUGGUUCUAUCCUGCAUAUAGAAGCUAUUGUUUAUGGUCUGGUAAGCUUUGACAAUUUUAUGGAUUCAUUUAAAAGUUGUUUUUUUUUUUUUUUUGGUUUGAUACAAACUGGUAGUUUAUGAAUAUGGGUCAGUUUGUGUUAUGAUAAUUUUAUAUAUAAUGUGUUCGGGUAUGUAAUUAUAAAUUUGAUUAUUUAGAGACUUAUAAGUUAUAUAAAUUAAUUAUGCAACCCGUGUAUUACACGGGUUUUAACCUAGUUAUAUGUAUAGAUUAUAACUAUGCAAAGUUACAUAUGCAUGAAAAAAGGCCCAAGAAUCCAAAUCUGAACCCUACACUACACCCACCUUCUUCACUUUCGUGAAUCGCCUAAACGCAUCCUCUUCAAUCGGUAUCCGUUCAAUCAGGUAUGUAUAUUUGUCGGCUUCCCUUGAUUAAACAAAAUAUAAACUUACUUAAGUUGAUUAGGAGAAUCGUUUGUUUUAUUAUCUGCUGCUGCUGAUGAUAUGAACGAAUGUUUUUAGUUUCAAUUAUGCAUUAUUUUUAAUUCAUAUAUAUACAUUAUCAAUUAAAGUACCGGUUUGGUUUACCAUGAACAAUUUAGUUGGUUUGGUUUUGAUUUGAGUUUAAGAUGGUAAGCAGGGUCCCUGAUUGAAUCCUUUAUAAAGUUUUUGACUUUCCUUCCUAUUCCUAUAUAUAUAAGGAUUCGAAUGGCAGAGCUUGCGCUUGAUGUGGUUGAGCGGAUACUGCCACUAUUGGAUGUGAAAGAUAUAAUCCGAUGCAAGAGCGUGUGUAAGUCAUGGCGAUCUGUUAUAUUAAGUCUUCGUUUUGUUAAAGCUCACUUGAACAAUGCUUACACGAAUGAUCGUAACAAUCAUGAACUUGGACACAGAAGGGUCUGUCUUCGCGGAAUUCGCGGUGAAGACAGUUGGUUUUUAUUGGACUACAUUCAUAUUGUUGGUUCUUGUAAUGGCUUGUUAUGUGUUUCCCCUAUAGGUGUUAAGUUUGUAGUAAUCAAUCCUUCGACCAGGGAACACAAGAAACUCCCGACGCCGCCCUUUCAGCCUCAUGUGCACAAACUUGCAAUGACCAGGGAAGUAGCAUGUUGGGGAUUUGGUUAUGAUUCGUCUUCAGAUGAUUACAAGGUUAUAGCAGGGUUCAUGAAAAAAUUUGAUUCAAAGCGGACGAGUUUUCUCGUGUUAACAUUGAAAUCGAAUACUUGGAAAGUUAUUGGACAAGUAAAGUAUAGUAUUUAUGAAGGUAGAUCCGGUGUCUUUUAUGGUGGGGCACUUCACUGGUUCAUGACUCAUAAAAAUCUCAAGAAAGUAAUUAUUUCUUUGGAUUUAUCUACAGAGGAAUUCAAAGAAAUUCCCAUGCCAGAUGUUUAUAUGUUAUAUUUUGACAGUUAUAGACUAGGGGUUAUAGAAGAAUGUCUAUGCAUAUAUUCGAUCCGUUCCCCUCUGUCUACUAAGAAAUGGGUAAUGAAAAACAACAAGUGGGAACUAUAUAUUGAUAAUCAUUGUCAGACCAAGUAUGAUGUUGCACACUACUUUCCGAUUAGGAAGGAAUCACACAUGACGAGUAGAUAUUAUGUUGAUGAUGGUACCCCUGUGCCCAUCAAUGGGGACUAUAUUCGUGCUAGUAUAUUUGUCAAGAGCCUCGUAUCUCCCCAUCCCCAUGUUAAUCAUGAUAAUAAUAAUAAUCAUUAUGAUGAGCACAAGAGAAUUGCCAAGCAGGUGCAGGAAGUUACUGAGAGUGUUGAAAGCGGUGCCAAGGGCCACAUAAGAAAAAGGAAGAAGAAGAGGAGGAGCAAGAGGUCGUGUAAGCAUAAAAAGCCUCUCGUUUGAAUGUAAUGGAUGCAAAUUUAUUUGGUGGUUAUUUAUAUUUUGUUGUCCAUCUCUACUAAACUGUAAGAUAUGUUUUAUUUAUGAACAAAUAACAUCCACGCCUUUGUUAU